AUGGCCUCUCUGCGAUGGAUGCUGGCUGUCUGCUUCUCUCUGGCCUCAGACACGUGCAGGACCUUCGGCAGCGGGGUCGUCCAGACUUUCAACGGGACGGUUUUCUAUGUGAGCUCCACUUGCCCCUUCACCCUCACCCACUUCACCCACAACCGAGUGGAGUGUGACAUCACCACGUGGCGGGGGGAGACCGGGCUGCUGGUGCGAGUCGAGAUCAUCAUCAAUAAAAUCAGGACCGUCCUGCAGAACGGAAGCAUCCUGGUGGAGGGGAAAAGUGUUUGGCUUCCCUACGACCACACCUACCAGCACAUCUUCCACUACGGCGUCUACACCAAGCUGAGGAGCUCGGUGCUUCCCCUGUCCGUCACCUGGCACAGCGUCCCCGGAGGAAUCGACUCUCUCUGGGUGGAGCUGGAGCAGGAGCUGAACAGUGGGAUGACCGGGCUGUGUGGAGCACCGGGUGUGGCUGGCAGUGAGCAGCAGCUGAUAGCUGACAGCGUGCUUCCUGAGGACACGUGUCGCAUCCGAGAUCCUCUCUCCACCGUCAGUGAAGUGUGCAGACUCUUCAUGUCCUACACCCUGGACUGUCUGCAGACCAGGACGCCCCAUUAUAUGCAACUCUGUGAAGAGAAUAUUUACAGCUACGAACAGAGCGAGUACAUCAGAUGCGCUUUCUUCAAAGAAGUCGCCCAGCAGUGUGGAAAAAACAGCUAUGUGUGGGACAUCUGGAGGGCUGUGACCAAAUGCGAUGAGCCUCAGUGUCCAGGUGAUCUGCUUUAUAAGGAACUGGGGGAGCCUUUUGUUCCCAGCUGCUCCAGCCCGAACCCCAGAGCCUCACAUCAGGACCUCAUUGCCUCCUGUGUCUGUCCCAAGGGUAAGGUGCUCAAUGAUCAUGAAGACGGCUAUCAGUGUGUGAGUGUGUCCGACUGCCCCUGUGUGUUUGCUGGCAGGAGCUACGCCGCUGGAGACAUUCGCAGCACCAAGUGUCAGUCAUGUGUAUGUCAUGACGGGAAAUGGCGAUGCUCUGAAAACUGGUGCCCAUCAAGGUGUUUGAUCGAAGGGCAGUUUGUGACAACAUUUGAUGGCAAACAAUAUGCCAUUCCUGGUAAAUGUGAAUACGUGGCCUCACAGGGUCUCAACUGGACAAUAUUAAUCCAGUUUUCUGAAAAGGCGCCGUCUCUGAAAACAGUUAUCCUUGAGCUUUUUCAGGAAACCUACACAUUCUCAAACAACAUGGUUAAAUUUGAUGAGAAGGAGAUUGCUGAGCUUCAUCAGUCUGAUCAUGCCCUGGUUUUCUGGCAGUCCUCCAUGUACGUCCAGGUCCAAACGUCCUUUGGCAUGAAGAUCCAAGUUCAGAUGUCUCCUGAGAUCCAGCUCUAUGUCACCCCACCUGAAAACCACACAGGCAUGAUCUCAGGGCUUUGUGGCAACAACAAUGCUGACACCACAGAUGACUUCACCACCAGCAGUGGGAUUAUCGAGAACUCAGCCCAGCCUUUUGCUGUGUCCUGGAGUGUGGGCGCCUGCUCUGUGAACAUACCGUCUCCCUGCAUCAAUGCAGACAAUGAAAUAUUUGCAGAUGAAAAAUGCUCCGUGUUGCGAGACCCAACUGGGAUAUUUGCCAAGUGUCAUGAUCUCAUUCCAGUUGAGCACUACCACACAGUUUGCAUCCAGAGAACCUGUAACUGUGGCAGCGGUCUGAGGCAGUGCUUGUGCGUCGCCUUGGCCAGCUACGCCACAGCCUGCGCAAGCCAGGGUGUUCUAGUUGGCGACUGGAGGAAGGUCACCAACUGCACUGUCACCUGUAAAAACAACCAAGAAUUUUCCUAUGACAUGCGGGCAUGCAACCAUACCUGUCGCUCCCUGUCUGGUGCCGACCCUCGGUGUGGGUUGGACGAUGUCCCCGUGGAGGGCUGUGGCUGCCCAGAGGGAACUCACCUGAACCAACAGCUCACCUGCACCCCAAAGGCACAGUGCCCAUGUUACCACCAGUCGGGCACGAUGCCACCAGGGCCAGUUGUCAUUGAUGGAAGACAGUGCCGCUGUGAGGAUGGAGAACUGCACUGUUCAAGCGACUGUGGUUGCAGGGAUGGCAAGGUUUGUGUUCAUUGCUCACAGUCUCCUGUUAACACGGCUCAGAAAACCUGCGACAGCCUCAGCAAACCACUGGUUGCUAAAACGAGCUGCUUGAGUGGCUGUUACUGCCCAGACGGCCAGUACGAGGAUCACCAUGGAGACUGUGUUUUUAGGGACAAUUGCACCUGUGUAUACAGCGGCAAAGUAUUCAGUGCAGGACAGAGCGUCAAGACCAACUGUAAAACAUGUGUCUGCGGUCAGGGUCAGUGGCAUUGCAGAGACAAGCCUUGUCCUGGAAAGUGUCAGGUUUAUGGCAACGGACACUACCAGACCUUUGACUCCAGAUGGUACCGCUUUGACGGACACUGCCAGUACACGCUAGUCGAGGACGACUGUGGGACUGGACUCGGGUCUUUCUCUGUCAGAGUGGAGAGCGUGCCCUGCUGUGACGAGGCUCUCACCUGCUCCAGAGCUAUCGUCAUAGACCUGCAGGGAGAAGUCACCCUGACGCUCAGCGACAUGAAGGUGACCAGACGCCUUCACACAGCCAUUUCUGCGGGGGUAGAACCGCUUUACUCCACACACACUGUGGGACUGUACAUAAUGAUCUCAGUACCCAGCAGAGGCCUGACUCUCAUCUGGGACAAACACACCAGGGUCACCAUAGAGAUGGUCUCAUGCUUGAGGAACCGAGUGUGCGGCCUCUGUGGGAAUUUUGAUUCCAAUGAGAUGAAUGACCUUCAGAUAAGUGGCUCAACAGCGGUGGCCAGUCCCCUGGCCUUUGGCAACAGCUGGAAGACGACGACACCUCCUUGCUCUGACGUGACCAUGGAGGUGUUUCCAUGUGAACGCAACUCGUACUGCUCGGCCUGGGCCCAGCGGCGCUGUAUGAUCCUUAAAGGAGACACCUUCAAAGACUGCCACCUCAAGGUGGACCCGGAGCCCUACUACCAGGCCUGUGUGCUGGAGUCAUGCUCCUGUGAAUUUGAAGGGAAGUUCCUGGGCUUCUGCACGGCCGUGGCGGCCUACGCAGAGGCCUGCAGCGACCAGGACGUCUGUGUCAAAUGGAGAACACCUGACAUGUGUCCGGUCUACUGUGACUACUACAAUGAGCAGGGCCAGUAUAGCUGGCACUACGAGCCUUGUGGUCAGAUCCAAACCUGUGGAAAAAGCAACUCCUUCACUGGCAAGCUGGAAGGCUGCUACCCCAGAUGCCCAGCAGAGGCACCAUACUAUGAUGAAAAUACGGGCAGGUGUUCCGCCUUGAGCAAUUGCACCUGUUACUUCAAUGACACUGUCAUUCAGCCUGGGGCAGUGGUGAGGAUGCGCGGUCAGAAGUGCCCCUGUGAAAAUGGGAAAAUCCACUGUGGUUUUGAUCUCAGAACAGAGACACCGAAAUACAUCUGUCCUCCACCAAGCACAACCAGCCAGCCUUCCACCGUGAUAACUACCACACCAACUCUGACCACCACUCCCUCUGAACCUGCCACAUCAACUACUCUAUGGAUGCCUACAUCCAUACAAACGACGACUGGGACAACAACACUGUCUACAACCUCAAGGGAAUUUACCACCACGCCAAUGCAAACUACAGCUGUAACUAGCACUGUAGCAACUCUACCUUCUACCACAAUUACAACUUCAACCACCACUGCAACAAGUGCUGCCACUGCCCCAACUACAGCAGCCGCAACAACUACACCUUCCAUUAGCACUACACCAGCUACUACGACAACUGCAUCAACUGUGCCGUCCACCACUCCUACAAGUAGUACCACUACAACUGCCUCAACUACAAGUGCAACCUUGUCAACAACAUCUGUACAUCCCACAACAACUAUACCUUCCACUACAACUACAAGUACUUCCAUUACCACUACUACAACUGCCCCAACUACUAUUGAGACCUCAUCAACACCUUCACCAACGAUCACACAUCCCACCACCUCUACAUUAUCUACCUCCACUACAACUGCUCCAACUACUAUUGUAACCUCAUCAACGACAACAACUUCCACCACCUCUACACCAUCUACCACCACUACAACUGCUCCAACCACCAUUGAAACCUCAACAACACCUUUACCAACAACCACACCCUCCACCACCUCUACACCAUCUACCACCACUACAACUGCCCAAACCACUAUCAAAACCUCAUCAGCAACCUCAGCGACGACGUCUUCCACCACCUCCACACCAUCUACCACCGCUACAACUGCUCCAACUACCAUUGAGACCUCAUCAACACCUUCACCAACUACCACAUCUUCCACCACCUCUACACCAUCUACCACCACUACAACUGCCCAAACCACUAUCAAAACCUCAUCAGCAACCUCAUCGACAUCUUCCACCACCUCCAUACCAUCUACCACCGCUACAACUGCUCCAACUACCACUGAGACCUCAUCAACACCUUCACCAACUACCACAUCUUCCACCACCUCUACACCAUCUACCACCGCUACAACUGCCCAAACCACUAUCAAAACCUCAUCGACGACAUCUUUCACCACCUCCACAGCAUCUACCACCACUUCAGCUGCUCCAACCACCACUGAAACCUCAACAACACCUUUACCAACUACCACAUCUUCCACCACCUCUACACCAUCUACCACCACUACAACUGCCCAAACCACUAUCAAAACCUCAUCAGCAACCUCAUCGACAUCUUCCACCACCUCCAUACCAUCUACCACCGCUACAACUGCUCCAACUACCACUGAGACCUCAUCAACACCUUCACCAACUACCACAUUCUCCACCACCUCUACACCAUCUACCACCACUACAACUGUCCAAACCACUAUCAAAACCUCAUCAGCAACCUCAGCGACGACAUCUUCCACCACCUCCACACCAUCUACCACCACGACAGCUGCUCCAACUACCACUGAGACCUCAUCAACACCUUCACCAACUACCACAUCUUCCACCACCUCUACACCAUCUACCACCAAUACAACUGCCCAAACCACUAUCAAAACCUCAUCGACGACAUCUUCCACCACCUCCACACCAUCUACCACCACUUCAACUGCUCCAACCACCAUUGAAACCUCAACAACACUUUUACCAACGACCACACCCUCCACCACCACUACAACUACCCAAACCACUAUCAAAACCUCAUCAGCAACCUCAUCAACGACAUCUUCCACCACCUCCAUACCAUCUACCACCACUUCAACCGCUCCAACCACCAUUGAAACCUCAACAACACCUUUACCAACGACCACACCCUCCACCACCACUACAACUACCCAAACCACUAUCAAAACCUCAUCAGCAACCUCAUCGACGACAUCUACAGAAACCACAACCACUAUGCCUUCCACUACAGCUACUACAAGUGCUACUAGUACAACAAUUUCAGCUACCACUUCAAUCCAGCCCAAUACUACUACAUCAGUCACGAUACUUUCGACACCAACUUCUACUGUAGCAACGACAACUGCUGCAACAGCAACAUCAAUGUUCACGGAGCCCACUACAGCUGAAUCUCCUUCAACUGCUACCUCAGCACAACCUACAACAGCUUCUACUGAGACUUCUUCUUUUCCCACAACAGAGUCACCUACAUCUGAAUCUCCUACAACUCUGCUUACUACUUUAUUCACAACGCUGAGUACUUUGUUCACCAGCACUAGUUCUUCAACAGCAUUGACAUCAAAAGAACCGACUACCUCAGUUAUACCACCAACAACAGUGCUGACAACAGGUCCUUCCUCUACAACGGUUUUGACCACACAGCCACCAUGCGAGUGUAGGGACCUCAUGAGGAACCAAAGCUGGGAUUGCAAUGAGACAUGGACAGAGGACUGCUUCAAUAAGAUCUGUACAGAUGGGAUGAUACAGUUGACUCCAGUGGUUUGUCCAAAUCCUACAGUUCCCAUAUGCCCUAGAGGACGGGCUGUGAAGGUUUUGGAUGGAUGCUGUGAAACGUGGAAGUGUGACUGUCAGUGUGAUCUAUAUGGCGACCCCCACUACAUCUCCUUCCAGGGUGUGAGCUUCGACUUCCUGGACAGCUGCACCUACAUCUUGGUGGAGGAGCAGUCACCACAUUAUGACCUGACCGUCAUCGUGGACAACUUCCUAUGCGUGACUGGCCUCGAAGGAUCCUGUGUUAAAGCCAUUAUCCUGAAAUAUCAGGGCAACACAGCCACACUCACUGUGAACCCAGCUACAUUUACAGUACAGGCCACCCUGAACAAUGUGACUGUGCAGCCGCCGUAUGAGGAGGGUGGGCUGAGGUUUGAGACCACAGGUUACACGAUGUUUGUCUACAUGCCAGAGAUCCGCUCUUAUGUCUCCCUCACCCCAGCCUACACCUUGGUGGUCAACCUAGCUAUGGAGUUUUUCUUCAACAACACUCAAGGACAGUGCGGUGUGUGUGGUGUUGGCUCAUGUAUCCGCAGAGGAGGGCAGAUGGAGGAGGACAGUUGCUGUCCUAAGACGGCCUAUGACUGGGUGUACCAGGAUCCACUGAAGCCCGCCUGUGACUCUGCACCGAGGGAUGUGCCUUGUUCCCUGCCACCUGGGUCCCCAACAAGCCUCCCACCAUCACAAAGCUCCACCACCCGCUGUCUUGGGAGCUCACUGUGUCACCUGCUGCAGCAUCCAGUAUUUUCAGAGUGCAGAAAGUUUGUGGACUUGGACGUUAUGGAGAAGAACUGUCGUUUUGACUCGUGUGCGAGCUCAGACGUGCCGUGCUCCUCUCUGGAACAAGCUGUUGAGGAAUGCAAGAAACUUGAUUUCUGCAUCGACUGGCGGACACUCACUAAUGGAAGCUGUGCUGUGCCCUGUCCGGAGGGAAUGGUUUACAAAGAAUGUGGCGGCAAGCUGGAUGACUAUUGCCACAGAGGGGAGCGUUUUCCAGGAGCCGUCCUGGAGAAGCUCAGUGGAGGCUGUUUCUGUCCCAGCGGCCAGUUGAAGGCAGGGAAGCACCUGAACACCUGUGUGAAUGUCACCGAAUGUCCCUAUUGUACAGGACCACUUGGUGAGCCCAGACUGCCUGGCGAGGUGUGGGUGUCCAAGUGUCACGUGUGUACAUGUAACAACAUUACCAAGAAGGAGGAGUGCUCUCUAAAACCUCCUGGGCCGAUUCCUGUCUGCGGCCUCAACUCUGUACUGGUGAACAGCUCCUGCUGCGGGGACGUGGUCUGUGUUGAGAAGAUAUGCAGUUAUAAAGGAAGGACGUACAAGGUGGGAGACAGAUGGAAAGAUGUCGCCCGUCCCUGUGUGUCGUUCAGCUGUAGCAUAGACGGCAUUCAAGCUGAGACAAGGGUGUGUCCCAACGUGAGCUGUCCAGAGGAGGAGAGGAUUUGGGAUGACCAUCACUGCUGCUUUACAUGCAAUUUAAGUCAGAGUGAGCAGAGCUGUGCUCCCAGGCUGACCAGCAUCGACAUCACCGUAGACAACUGCACCUCCACCCUGCAGCUGCCUGUGUGUCAAGGCCAGUGUGCAUCUGAGUUGAGCUGGGCCGUGUUUCGUGAUGUCCUGCAGGUGGAGCAGAGGUACCGGUGCUGCCGGGAGCAGAGCUCAGAGAAGCGCUCAGUAACCCUGCAGUGUUUGUCCGACUCCUCUGUCAGACACUACACCUACCAGCACGUCACCAGCUGCCGGUGCAGAGGCUGCAGCACACUGCGCUGAAAGGGCUCUGGAUAGCUUGGACCAGAGACUUUGUCCCCGGUUAUAUUUUUGUACGUUACAGAAAAUGAAUCGUCGUUGAAUGGCAAUAUAAUGCUGCAAUGUAAUACUGUCAUAUGGAUCCGCCUGCUGAAAAAUUGAAGGAUGUGUGUAUGCAUGUCUAUGUAAUCUUGAGCGCGGGUCUGUACAAAUGCUGCACACAUAUCUAUGCACAAGUCUUUGAGUGCCUUUCUUAAAAACAAAAUAUUUUUCAACAUUUCCUAAAUCAAAUAAUUAAACAGUUCCCAUUCAUUUUUUUAAAAAAUUCAAGGUAAUUAAUUGACUAAUUUCCUGUGAAAUAAAGUGAAUCAUUUAAGUUUGUAUUGUACUCUUUUUUUUCCAGUGACAGUACCUUAUGAGUUAACACAUUUACAUCACUAGAACCUUAUAAAACACAAGUGGCGUGCUGAUUGGUAGCUGCACUGCAACUGGCCGACAUAGAAAGUCCAGCCAACUGCCCAGAGGUUUUCCCUAUUUUAUUUUUUUUUUCCAGCCUCACAGAGUUGUCACAGCCCUUGAAAAUCCUUGUAAAUUCAGUGGAUUUGAGGAUUACACAAUAAACUGUUCAAGUGCUUGAAAAUGA